CUCUCUCUCUCUCUCUCUCCCAUUUUCUCUCUUUCUCCCUCUCUCUUUCAAUCCACAAUAAUCCAAAAGAAAAAAAAGCCAAUUAGAAGGGAGGGUGAAAGGUAAAAAAAUAACUCAAAAGAGAAAGUGAAAUUUCUCAUUCAUAUGUAGAAGAAUUUAACCACAAAAAUAAAGAUUAAAGAAAAGGGAAAAUGGGGGCAUAUAGGGCAGAUGAAGAUUAUGAUUACUUAUUUAAGGUUGUGUUAAUAGGGGAUUCUGGUGUUGGAAAAUCAAACUUGCUUUCUCGUUUUACUAAAAAUGAAUUUAGCCAAGAAUCAAAGUCUACCAUUGGCGUUGAAUUUGCCACUCGUACCAUUCAUGUCGAUGACAAGAUUAUCAAAGCUCAGAUUUGGGAUACUGCUGGCCAAGAAAGGUACCGUGCCAUUACAAGUGCAUAUUAUCGAGGAGCAGUGGGUGCAUUACUGGUUUAUGAUAUUACUCGACAUGUAACAUUUGAAAAUGUAGCAAGAUGGCUCAAGGAGCUCAGAGAUCACACAGACCAAAACAUCGUCGUCAUGCUCGUCGGAAACAAGGCGGAUCUUCGCCAUCUUCGUGCUGUUCCCACGGGCGAAUCAAGUGGUUUUGCAGAAAGAGAGAAUACCUUUUUCAUGGAAACAUCUGCACUUGAGGCAUUGAAUGUAGAAAAUGCUUUCACAGAAGUGCUUACACAGAUUUAUCGAGUGGUCAGUCGAAAAGCUCUUGAUAUAGGAGAUGAUCCAACAUCUGUGCCCAGAGGACAAACUAUUAACAUUGGUAAAGAUGAUGUAUCUGCUGUUAAGAAAGGUGGAUGUUGUUCUGGUUAAACAAGGAUCGAUCCAGAGGCAAAUUCAGAUUCUAGAGUCUGAGCGUUCAGAAUGAGUAUGAUCUUAUUAUAUACCAACGUUCUAAACUUUCUUUUUCGUACAUACCAAAAACAAUGGAUUCAGUUGAAACUGCCCGCCUCUGGAUUGAUCAACUAAAUAGCUGAUGAUUUGACCAACUUGAAUUUAAUCAGGGAUGCAAGUAUAUACACAGCAAAUCCCAUUUUCAGCAAAUGUAAGUUAAUUAGCCAAAGGAACUAGUACAUUAUUUUGAGGGAAACGGGGAUUGAAGUACAUUAGCUAAAAAUUUACUUGUUUCAUAUUUUCAUGUGUAUUUGUAAAUCGAGGGAAUUUCAGCUAAGGAAACUUUCUUGUUGCCACAGAAUACUUGCAAUAGAGUGAAUGUUACAAAUAA